AUGCACCACGGGGAGGCAAGUCUAUCGCACACCGAUUGCGCCACGGAGGCUGCACUCACAGGCAUUCAUCACCACCAAUACAGCUGCAGUCGCCUGGCUCUAUCCACCAGCACUCGUCCCGCCGAAGCAGGAAGCUCAGGACUCGUGUGGAUUCCGGUCACAGCCGCUGCCGACGUACACGCCGCAUCAUUACAAGCAAGAACACAAAUUUUAGUAUCAUAUUUUUGGGAUCACGACAUUGUUUUCAUGUACGGUAUUUAUUACAAGCUAAUUAGGAAUCCUCGAGAGAAACGAUUUGACAAUUAGUUACAUAUGGGCACGUGGGUUGAGUGUAUACUCCCAAUCUGUGAAGAUCGCCAGUGUAUACUCCCAAUCUUUGAAGGUGUUUUGCCAGGCAAUCCGUCCGUACGUAGUCUAAACUCAGCAACGGCUUCGAUUCUUGGCCAAAGUCUAAACUCAACAACGGCUUCGAUUCUUGGCCAGUCGGGAUCGAAGAGUGCCACUGUCCACUGUUUCUCCUUUCUUCGAGGUAAGACUCAGCAACGGCUUCGAUUCUUGGCCAGUCUACAAUGGCUUCGAUUCUUGGCUAGUCGGUCUAAACUCAGCAACGGCUUCGAUUCUUGGCCAAGUAGUCUAAACUCAGCAACGGCUUCGAUUCUUGGUAACCGUGUCACGGUACGUAGUCUAAACUCAGCAACGGCUUCGAUUCUUGGCCAACUACGUAGUCUAAACUCAGCAACAGAUUCCAUUCUUGGCCAUGGUAGUCUAAACUCAGCAACGGCUUCGAUUCUUGGUAACCGUGUCCGGUACGUAGUCUAA